CAGUGAUCGGAACGAAAAAGUGCAAACGAUCGACGAAGAGCGAAACGGAGGACAACCAGUUUUUGUGAUUUCAAUGGAACCCUCCCCCGAGACAUUUGAAUACAAUAAGCAGAAGCAGAAGCAUAAGCAGUAUCUUGUUAGCAGACAGCCGGUGUUGUGAGUGACCGGUGGAGCACUGGAAAGGGUGCUGGAGGAAUACAACGAUGGGUUUCGACGUCUCGCAAGUCACCUCGGACUCGUCGCACUACGAUAGUUUCGUCUGUCGGAUAUGCAACAAUCUCGCCAACCUGGAGUCCGGGGUGGUGGUCACGUCCUACAACAAUGUCUAUUGCGAAUCCUGCCUGGUGGGGCACGUCAAAAAGUGCACAGAAAGAAACGAACCGUGUCUGUGUCCCGUCACCAGCAAGGACCUGAGGAUAUCCGGCGAGAACGCAAAGAACGACGGGAACACCAGCAUGCAGGUGGACGGCGGCAACUGGAUAGCGGCAGCUCCCCUGAAAGACGCUCAGCCACUGGCCUUCCUGUUGCUCCAAAUGGUACAGGUGAGGUGCCCGACGGGGAAAGCAAAAAGCGUUGGCAACGCCAGGGGCACCGAGGGUCCGGCCGAAUACUGGGCAGGAAAUUACGGAGACCUUCCGUCCAACCUCCUCCUGGCCAACGAUCGAUACACCGAUUCCCCCGUAGCCGCUUCGAAGCGGCCACCGGUGGGAUCCUCGAUCGCCUCGAAGGGACCCUCGGGAGCACCGCCCCUGGGGUCGAGAAAACCCGGCGAAGGCGAGGGACUCACCACGCUCUACGACGCCGGGGUGGAACCGGGAGAACGUGCCAACGUCGGUGUCACGACCCGGGGCACCGGGGCCCACCACAAGCGAAUGGUCGACGCCUCGGUGGUCCUCAAGAAGGUUCCCGUUCGAUCGCCGGGGGGCACAUUUGUCGGCGUCGCGGGAGGCGCGGCCGGGGCUUCCGCCGUUUCGGGCCCGAGCCACAACGCGGAUGCCAUCGACGUCGUUCCGGACUACGACUACGAUCCGGAGGAGCUCAUGCGCGCCAUGGAACGCUGCGACAAGCUCAAGAAGCAAGCCAACGCAAAAUUCAACCGAGCCGACGUGGAGGGGGCGCGGGUUCUCUACAGCGAGGGGCUGGCCCUGCUCUCGGACUUUCCGCUGGACGCCAAGGCCGGCGAGACAAGCGGAACCGACCAGAAAAUCGAAAGCGACAUCAUCCAGGAGGUCCGGAUCAUGGUGGCCUCCCUCUACUCAAACCGAGCCGUCACGUUUUACCGGGAACGGAUACUGUCCCCCAGCGUCGAAGACUGCAACAAGUCGCUCGAGCUGGAUCCCAAGUCCGAAAAGACGUACAUUCGAAAAUGGAGGGCACUCGACGCCAUGGGCGAAAAGGACAAGGCCCUCGCCUGCCUCCAGGCGGGAGCGGCCCAGCUGCCAAACUCGACCAAGCUCCACGAGCAGCUCCGCAAGAGCCUGGCACCCGCCGGGUUCGGUGGACCGAACCAGCGAAAAUCGUCGGACCAGUCGAUCGCCAGCAUGUCGUACGCGUACAACGACAAGGCUACGGUGGCGAGCAGCGGCGGGGUCUUUGGAAACCACGAGAUGGACAUUUCCGUGGCCGGAGAUCCGAACCACACCGUUCUAGACCGUGCCGAGCGCCUCAAGAAGCAAGCCAAUGCCAAGUUCAACAAGGGCGACAUCGAGGCCGCGCGUGCUCUGUACAGCGAUGCCCUCGCCUGCAUACCCACCACGGGCUUUUACAGCCGAGGCGUCAAGGCGUUGUUGUCGGAACUCUAUUCCAAUCGGGCGGUGACCUUUUACAGAAGCAAGCAGUACCAAGAGAGUCUCGACGACUGCGACAAGGCCAUCGAGCGGAACCCCGAGGCAGAAAAAUCCUACAUCCGCAAGGCCCGCGCCUUGGUCGGUCUCGAACGCCAAACCGAUGCCUCCCGGUGCCUGCAGGAUGCCUACAAGUUGUUCCCGACAUCCAAGAAAGUCAAGGAGGAAUUGUCGAAGAUCAUCGAUCAGCGGGACACACUGGGAAACCUCAGCGGGAAGGGAGGAUCCAGCGAUUCCGUGGACUUCAAUGCCUCCGUGGGCAGCCUUUCCAACUUUUAUCCCCCGAGCCACACCGGCUCCAAGGCGGCCCAGACGCUUUCUACCGGCCGAGAGGAGCUUACCUAUGCCGACGACAUUGAGCUCUCCGACAAGCUCAAACGAAACGCCAAUGCCAAGUUCAAUCGCGGGGACGUAGCCGGGGCACGGAUGCUCUAUACCGAGGCCAUGGCGGUCCUGCCCAACGAUCGCGAAAACGAGGUGGUCCGCACGUGCCUGGCGUCGCUGUACGCCAACCGUGCCGUCACCUACUACCGGGACCAAGAAUUCGGGCAGAGCGUGCGGGAUUGCGAGAACGCGAUCGAGCUCGAUCCCAAGGGAGAGAAACCCUACAGCCGGAAAGCCAGGGCCCUGGCCUCGAUGCAGAGAUACGACGACGCGAUCCAAUGCCUCGAAGAAGGCAAGCGGCAGGUGCCGGGAUCGGACAAGCUCGAGGAGGAACUCGUCAAGAUCAAGCAGGAGGUUGGCGACGCGAUCGGCACCGAUUCGAAGGCGGGUGGUGCAGAGAAUGCGAACCUGGGGCACGAGGCCGGUCACGCGCCGACCGUCCCGAGCGCAACGGAUGCGAACGACACCAGCAACUUUUUUGUUCCAACCGUCGGAGCGGCCAUGGGUUCCGUCCCCGAAGGAAAGAGCCAGGAGUUUGAUCUGCCCACGAAGAUCGAUCCCGAAGAAUUCGAGCGCGCCGAGAAACUGAAAAAGCAAGCCAACGCAAAGCUGAACAAGGGCGAUGUACCGGGUGCCAGGGUACUCUAUGGCGAGGGCCUGGCCUGCAUGCCACCGGGUGGCGAACACACACCCGAAGGCCGCGAGCUAGCUGCCAAUCUCUACGCCAACAGAGCCGUAACGUACUUCCGAGAAAAGCAAUUCCGCGAAACCGUCAACGACUGCAACAAGGCGGUCGAAUUCGAUCCCAAGCACGAAAAAUCCUAUAUUCGCAAAUGGAGAGCCCUCAUGGCACUCGGUUCGUUCGAUGAUGCCUAUCGGUGCCUCGAAUCCGCCCUGAAGGAGCUUCCCGAGUCGGAGCGCUUGAACGAAGAGCUUGAAAAUGCUAAGGAAGAAAAGAAAUUGAUCACCCAGGUGAACGAAUUGAUCGAAGCCAAAGAUUACCAGAAGGCCCACGAUAUUCUUCACAACAUUGUCAAGGUCUCCGACAACGUAGCCCUGUGGCUCUCGACGGCUCGGGUAGAUACCUUCCUGGGGCUGACGGAUUCGGCCCUCUCGAGAGUCGAAAAAGUAUUGGGCUUCAACCCCAAGCACGGCGAAGCCCUGCGGGUCCGAGGAUACGCUACAUUUUUGUCGGGGGAAAUGGAACAAGGGAUCAAUCUGCUGAAGGAAUCACUCGAGGGCGACAUUGAAGACACCUCGAACGACAAUGCCUCUGGUAUUUUGCAGGCUUGUCAAAUCAAAAUGAAUACCUUUCACAAGGGACAAGCGCGGGUUAAGCGAGGUCGAUCUAGGGAGGCAGUGGACUUGUUUACCGCCAUCAUGGAAGACGGGCAGGAGCCGAUCCCCCACGGUGCUCCACUGUACGGAAUUCUCUUGACGGAACGAGCCGAAGCCAAUCUGUUGUCGGAUCAGUACGAAGCCGCCCUAGCAGAUUGUGCGGAAGCUAUUUCCCUGAAGCAGGACAACCUCACUGCCUGGACCGUCAAGACCGAGGUCUACUACGCGCUGGGAAGGCUGCAGGAAGCCCGAGACGAACUAGCCGUGGCCCGAAAGACAUGGGGUGCCCGGAACGAGACCAUCGAGGACGCCUACAAAAAGACGGACUUUGAGCUGCGGCUUCAGAAGGUCGACAACGAAUUGCGCUUCUUGGUGGGAACGGUCGAAUCUGGAAAGCCACUCGUGGACGAGUCGGGCAUUCUCCACAUGAACCACUCCCAGCGCGGCAAUCGCAACGGUCUGACGGCAUCCGAUAAGAGCAAUUCCAACAGCAAGAGUAGUUCCAAGAGCAAUUCCAACAGCAUGGUGCCACCGUCUCCCAUGAAGCGGUCUUCCGACAUCAACGGCCACGUCAACAAGCGGGCACAGAGCCGAGGCAAGCAGCGAGAGGGUUUUAAAUUAUCCUCGGUGCUCAAGAGCGUAGGCAGGCAGAGUAAUCAAUAAGAGGUCGUAUAUUAUUUAUUCGAGUGGACCGGACCAAAUGCUGAAAUGACAUAAAAGAACGGCCAGUUA